ACUUGCUGUCUUGCUAAAAGUUUCCUUUUCCAUUACAGUAUGGAAACAAUUACUCUUGGGGAUAAACGGAUUGGAAUCAAGACUAGUGUCCUGGAGGAAAAAGCUACAGCUUGCAAUAUGCUGUGUUGCUAUGCUGAUGAGUUGAAAGAAGGAUUCUUUCCGUGGAUUGAUCAGGUUGCUCCAACUUUGGUUCCACUUCUUAAAUUUUAUUUCCAUGAAGAGGUUAGGAAGGCGGCUGUUUCAGCAAUGCCGGAGCUACUGCUUUCUGCAAAAUUAGCUAUAGAGAAAGGGCAAGCUCAGGGUCGUAAUGAAACCUAUAUAAAGCAAUUGUCUGACUACAUUGUCCCAGCUCUGGUGGAAGCAUUACACAAGGAACCUGAUACAGAAAUAUGUGCAAAUAUAUUGGACGCAUUAAAUGAAUGCUUACAGAUAUCUGGACCACUUUUAGAUGAAAGCCAGGUCAGAUCCAUUGUGGAGGAGAUAAAGCUGGUGAUAACUGCCAGUUCAAGUAGAAAAAGAGAAAGAGCAGAAAGGACCAAAGCCGAAGAUUUUGAUGCUGAGGAAGGGGAGCUCAUUAAAGAGGAAAAUGAACAAGAGGAAGAAGUUUUUGAUCAAGUGGGAGAGAUCUUGGGAACUUUGAUCAAAACGUUUAAAGCCUCUUUCUUGCCUUUCUUUGACGAGCUAUCAUCAUAUCUGACACCUAUGUGGGUAAGUUCU